AUGGAGCGAGCGAACCCGUGGCCGGCGGCCCCGCACCAGGAUACUGAGAAGUCGAAGUGCGUCUCAAAUAUGUCUCCAUCACCUGAAAGCAGUGGAGUGCACACCUCUUGGAACCAGGACUCAUCAGGCAUUCAGCACGUCCUUCAGAGUCCACAGCUGGAGAGGAUGCCCUUGGGUUCUGCUCAGGAGCCCAGGCAGAAUGAAGAUGAAAUGGGGCUACAGUUCAGUGUGUUGUUGCCUGAGUGUAAUGUGAACUAUUGCCCCCAAGUGACUCUCCCUCCUUCCCAAAUGAUUUACUGUCAGAGAAUGUCUCCCUAUCAACCAGGAAUGAUGAUUUUCAACAGGUCCCAGAUGAUGUCCUUUGGAGAGCCCAGUAUUCCAGGGAUGGCCAUGAACUUCAGUGGGAAUCUGAGCAUGCCCCCCAAUGGGCCACCAGUCACAAUGCCCCACAUUAGGACACCAACAAUGCAUUAUUCUGACCACCCUACAGUACCUUCUAAUAGCGACUCUUUAACACCUAAAAUGUUAUUGCCUGCCACUGUGCCUUCUGCUGAGGGCCAGGCUGGGUUCCCCUCUUUGGCUCAGAUGUUACCCCCUAGAGAUCCCCACAACUGUGGAAUGCCCCCAGAUGGCUCCCCAUCAUUGCUGACUUUAGAAUCCCAGGACUCUUUUGUUAGCCAGCCAGCCUCCCAGGAAGACCCCUUCCUACCCGAGCAGCCUAUACCUGCGCCACAAAGAGCAGAGCAGAAUUGUGGGGCCUCAGAAAGGGCUUACAGGAGCAGAUCCCAGGUUGCAAGGCCUUACUGCUGCCAGUAUGAGAACUGUGGGAAAGCUUACACCAAGCGCUCCCACCUCCUGAGUCACCAACGCAAACACACAGGUGAGAGGCCCUAUAAAUGUCAGUGGGAAGGUUGUACGUGGUCUUUCUUCCGUUCUGAUGAGCUUGGACGACAUAUGCGGAUACACACCAGAUACCGGCCACAUAAAUGUGAUCAGUGCGGCCGAGAGUUCAUGAGAUCUGACCAUCUCAGGCAACACCAAAGGACUCAUCUGCGGGUGCCAGAAUCCCCCAAUCCACAGGCCAACGAUGAAGAGAGAGCUGGUCCUCCUGCUUCUGAUCUUUAGGUCAACCUCCUCUUCCCUUCAUUUUGGCUUCUCCACUAGAUCCUGCUUGCCUCUGACCAGCUAGUCUCCUUAGUAGGUACAGGCUUAUUUGCAGACUGAGAAACAUUGUGAGGCAGUGUUGAGUGAAGCCCAUAUGAGCUGGACCCCAUGAGGGACUCUUCAAAAACUGUCUUGGAUGCCCUUACCUCUUGGGGGCCACCUACUGUUGCUGAGUUUAGCUACAUGGAAAGAUGAAGCAAAGUAGAGAUUGGGAGCUUUAUUUAAAAGCUCUUUAUGUCACUCCCCAACUUGAAACUCUUCAGUGACUCUCCUUUGCCUGCUAUAAAAAAACCCAAGGUUCUUAUCUUGGUCUUCCACAGUUUCCAGAGCCAGGCUAUGUUCAAAUCUUGAAUAUGCCACUUACUAGCCAUGAGACCUUGGCCAAGGUCUUCUAGUAAGUGAAAAAAAUACUAGUGGACCGUUUGGGACACAUCUUAUGUCUUGACUCAGAUUUUGUUCAGAGCUCACCAGCCACAUGGCCAGAGUUUGUCUUCUCCCACUACUUCCAGACUUGGAUGGAAUGCCCCACCACAGGGCAUGGGAUCUGGCAUCGAAAGUGAGAUGCCACUAGUAACACAGAAGCCUGGGGGAGUUAAUCCUCCUCUUGGGUAACAUUUGACUAAUGGGAGUUGGGAGAGACCAAGGCAGAGAAAUUCCCUCUUCUUUCCUCCCUUCCCUGAAUUGCUGCAAGACACUGUUUCUCCGAACAGUACAGCCAGUGGGGAGAUGUCCCAAGCAGCCAGUGAGCACACCCGCUGUGCUUCAAGGCUUGUC